AUGUUAAAAGAAGUAACAAAAAUGUCUGACAAGGUUGCUUUAUCUUUACUUACAUUACCUGUUGAACUUAUCUUUCGUUUUUUUGACGAACUAGAUGAAUUAACAAUUUUUCUUUAUGUUCGAAAUGUUUGUACACAACUUAAAACAAUUACCAACACUUCAACACUUACUAUAUUUCGUCUUCAUCUCAAUGAAAUUCAUCUUGAAGAAAUUGUAUAUCUUAUUAAUAAUUUACAAAAUAAUAAAACAUUUCAAUUAUUGGAUCUUGAAUAUAAUGAAAUUAGUGCCGAAAAAAUACGAUAUCUUAUUAAUGAAUUAAAAAACAAUGAAGUAAGAUGA